GGGUGACAAAUGUAAAUAAUUAAUAUUUUCACACUUGAAACUGCGAUGCAAAGAAAUUUUUUGUUCUGAAUGCAAUUUUGAAGAUAUCUUUUGGUUUUCUAGGAUAAGUUAUCUUAUUUUUAACAUAUUCAAAUAUGAUUUUUUCUAACAAUAAUUACAUCUUGACAAAUAUAUUGACACGUCUCAAACUUGCCACCUGGAGUGGUUGUCAUCGUUUAAAAUAGACAUAACAGGUUUAUUUCGGCUAUAUACGAAAUAGUGAAAUUUAGUGCAUUCGUACAAGAUUGUUAUAUUGCAAUAUAAGAGUUAAGAUUGUAAAAUUAGAUUGAAUUGCUGUCGCUUUUAAUAUGUGAUAUUAAAUUAAAUAAAUAUGUUCAGCCGGUUUACUAAUGCCCUGUAUAGUGCGGUGGAUGCAUUAGCACCACCUCACCCUUUGCAAGAAGAUUUUGUUUGGCACUGGAAAUCAGUAACGAAAUUCUUUACCGCUAAAAAUGCCUCAAACUCGAUUCCAAUUGAAUCUACUUCUAUACCUGGACAUUUAAUGGAAAUGCUGUCGAUUUUAGAGCAAGAAGAAAUAGAAAUUGAAACUGGCAAUAUUGGUCCCUGUAUGGAGUAUAUAAUGCAGCAUAAACUAUUGGAUACUAUGUGUGUUUUAGCGACAUCUGAUGCACCCCCAGGAAUGAAAAGAUACAUGUUCAUAUUUAUUACAAAAACUCUCAAAAUCAUGCAGGAAUCUUUAAUUCCUCAUGUGAGUGUUUGUGUACCUAUUCAGAAUUUUAUAAAAUUAUGUGGUGAAAUUGUUGCUGGUCCAACUGAACGUGAGGAAAUGGACUUCUUGCAGUGUAUCUGUGAUAAAAUAGAGAAAAAUCCAGAUUUAAUCAAUUGCUUUUUUCUUGUAAAUUGUGAACCUACUUCCCGCAGAAAUUCAAUGGUUGCGUCAGCAUCCAAAGAUUGUAUUAAUUUUGGAAGUUCAGACAAAGAAUAUGCUUUAAUUUCAUCUUUAUUGAAAUUAUAUCAAAGUCCUGAUAAUGACAUAUCUGUUAAUGCAAGAGACUCUUUAAAAACUUUAUGUUCACGUGCAGAUGAAACUAUGGCCAUAAGUAUUGCACAGUUUACAAAACUGAGUCAAGUUCUUUGCUCUAGUGUUGUAACUUUGUUCUCUAAUAUUCCUAGAAUAUUAAAAAUACAUGAUAUAGAAAAUCCUUUGUCAGAAGAAGGUGCUCCAAUAUCUCCUGACAAGAGAAAAUAUCUGUGUUAUUUACAACAACUUCAUUAUAUUGAUUCCCUGAUCGAAACAGCACAUCAUACUAUCAGUGAUCAUUUAUCAUAUAGAUUCAAAACAGAGUUCCUUGACAUUUGCUUUUAUCCAUGUUUAGUUGAAGAAACAGAUGAAGACAAACUUUUAUUUUCCACUACGCUGAUUGCUAGUUCUCUUCGAAAUGUAAAAUCACCAAAGCUGAUUGACGCAUUUGCAGCAUUUUUACUGAACGAUGAAAGUGUGGAAUUGCCAGAAAAGUCUGAAACAACUGUGAAAUCUGUCUUACUGGAACGUUGUCGCAACAGUGAUGAAAAUGUCGCUCUAUCUAUAUGUAAUCUUCAGCUAUUUGAAGAACUUCUAGUAAGACCUACAAAAUAUAUACUAGAUAAUUUAAUAUUAAAAUAUAUAGAUGGAAGAGGUUAUUAUGAUCAUGCAGCUUCAGACAGUUGGCUUCAAUUUUCUGAUGAUGACACUUGUAGUCGAUAUAGUGAUGACUUAUCAUCGAAUUCUGGCAUGUCCAAUAAAUCUGUUGCACCUACCUACAUUCACCGAAUUAUUGAUGCUUUUAUUGCUAUUUUACCUGAUGAUAUUAAAUCUUGUCAAGAUGAAGAUGAUACCGGUUAUGAAACCUACCUUAAAGAAGCACAUAGAAGGUUUUUGGAAGUACUGUCCGUUUGUGAAGGUUUUGAAUGGCCAUUGACUUUUUCUGAUAAGGAAGACUGUCAGGUGGGUGCAGAAGAUGACUCUAGUUCAGAGUCCCAACCUGAGGCUGAUUCUGUUCAUUGGACAUUUUAUGAAGGGGAAUUUCUUAAGAUGUUAUUUGACAAACUUGAACUUAUACUGUUUCAACCCUAUGAAGUCAAUCUUCAGUUGACUGCUAUCAUUUCCCAAAUUGUUUUAUUUCCCAAUCCCUAUAUUCAUGAAUACUUUUUAAAUCCUCUCAUACCUUAUAAUCUUGGUGCAAGAUCACUUUUCUUAGUCCUGUUUAAAAUUUCAGAGGAUAUACAAAAGGAAGUUCCAAAAAUAAGGGGAUUUGCUACAAAACUGAAACUGACGCGUAAUGCACUUUUGAGUGAUGGGAAUGAAUAUGCGACUUUUGAGGAGUCCCAUGUAUUGGAGGCUUUAAUUAUUCUUGAAGAAUUUUGCAAAGAGUUGGCUGCAAUUACAUUUGUAAAAUACCAUGCUAUGUCUUAAUAUUGUUUACUUUUAAUUUAUUAAAUUAGAAUUAUUUAUAAAUUAAAUUUUUAAAAAUAGCAUUUAAGGCUUGACUAGACAUUAUAUGUAUACCUCAGUAUUAAGAUAGUAUGCAUAUUUUUCAUUUAUCAAGGCAUUUGUUAAACAUUGUAUUCCUAAUAUUGUAAUUUUAUUAAAUUUAUUUAUUUUGCUACAAAGCUAUACUUUUCUUUUUAAUAUAAAAAGUGAUUGAAACAUUUUUGAAAAUUUAAUUCGGCCAAAGGAGUAAUAUUUUACAUUUUUCUUUAAAGAAAAGUAAACAUUUAUGCACAUUUUCUUAUGCUCUUUAUCAGUACAGUAACUGACAAGGCAAAGCAUUUUGAGUUUUUUUAAAAAUAAAUUCAAGGUAUCAAAAAUUAUAAAUUAUAUUUUUAGAUGUUAAUAGAAUAUUUAUGUAUUUAAAUAAACAAGCAAGACUGUGAUAAUUCAAUGAUGAGAUGAUUAUAGAAAUGUUAAUUUGAUUAUGAUUGUUGAUUUCAAUUCUAAGUCAGUUCGCCAAUUUUCAGUGUUUAUAAGUAUUGAAAUGAUUACAUAUAAAUUUUAUAUUUAUAUGUGUUGUAUAUGAAUAUAAUUCUACAAUUAAUAUUAAAAAUUAAGAAAUUAUGUUUGAUUUCAAUAUGUAAGUAUUAUAUAAAUUAUUUUAAAAAAUUGAAAUCUUACAACGUUUAUAUCAUCAUUAUUGAUAAAUUUGGUCUGUAUUAAAAUAAGCUCCAUUUUAUAUUAACAACUAUAUUUUAAUUUUAUACUUAUUGAGGAUUUUAUAUAUAAAUAAUUAUACUUCAUAAAAAUAAAUCAGUGGUAAAAAAUAUUUUUUGAGAUUCAAACAUUGCAACCAUAUGUUGAACACAAUUUAGGUCCGAAUUAAGACAAAUUGGACUAAGUGCUGCUGUUUAAUCAAUGGCACUUAUUUUCAUACAUUCAUAACUUUUUUAAUUCUAAAUUGUAUUGCAGAUAUAUAUGAAGUUAUUUGCCCAAUAUUUUAAAUAUAUUUAUAAAUAAUUAUAAAACAAAUUUAACUUACUGCCUUUCUUUUUAUUAAUAUAUUAACUAAAAUCAUUAUUAAUGAAAAAAAUAUUUGCUUCUUUCUGGCUAAUAAAAUUAAGAAAUUCAUCAAGAAUAUGGUUUGGGAUGCUAAAUACAUUUUAAAACUACUUGUAAAUUAGGCAGUAUGUUACCUAAUGAAGUCUGCUUCUAUAAUAUUAAUUACAGUAUAAUACAACUCUAAUUUACCUAUUAAGUAAAUUAGUCUGAAUCUGAAAUUUAAACAAUGAUUUUAAAUAAUGGCUUUUUUUUCUCUACGCAUUUUUAGUUAUUGUAAUUUUCAGAAACCUUUAUAUACUUUAUCAUUAAUCCUUAUACAAUUUUGAGUAUGUGUUGAUAUUUAUGGUCUCCAGUUUACUUGGUGAUUAUCAGAUUACACCAAGUUCCAUUUUGCAUAAGAUGACAAAAUGGUUGCAUUAUGGUUUAACUUGUUUGUGUGAUUUUUUAAUUUUUUUUUGGCGAUAUAUCAUGGAGACCAUUAAUAUUACCCUCCCCCCUUUUUUUGUCUUGUUCUGUGUAAAAUCUUUAUUCAAAAUUGUUCUGUUAAAACAAAAAUAUGCAGAAUUUUUAUAUGAUAAUGCACACAUGUUGUAUUAAUAAGAAAGUUUCUUGCAUUUAAGGAUAUGAUUAGAUGGUUUUUGGUUAUGGUUUUAUUAUCAACUUCUAUGCAUUAAGAAAAGAAUGAUUUUUGAUAUAGCAUGUUGUUGUUUAAUACAUAAGAUACCGACAUUAUUUUCACAAUUUGAUUUAUUUUUGUAAUACUUUCAUACUUAUGUUUUAACCAAAUCAACUAAUUUAAUUUAUACUUUUGCAUUGAUUAUUGACAGUUGCAGUGAACUGUAUGAUAUAGUUUCAAAAAUUUCUCAAUGGGUACAUAAAUAAAAUGAAUUAACUAUGAUAAUUCUGAUGCUUCCAUUAUGAAGUUUUAUAUCUAAAUUAAUUAAAGGAAUGCAGAUUUAUGUUUCAAAAAAAUUUAAAAUAUAUUUUUGUAAGAUUGUAAUGAAAUUUUCAACCUAAAAAAACUAUAUAUAAUUAUGUCAGAAUUAUUCAUAUCCUGUGAAAUGUGUAAGGUUAUUUGAAUGAUUGUCAUCGCUACAACAGAAGAUAAGGAACUGCAGUCUUAAAGCCAUGAUUGAUUCAGUUCAAUCAAUCAUUGCCGAGAUAACUUGACUUUACAUUACUUUGCCGUUAAGGGAAGUAAAAAUCUGCUUACUUAUCUAGCAGUUUUUCAUCCACAUAUUCAUGGUGCUACCUGGUGAAGGUAAAAAUAUGUGUAAAUGAUUUUGGUAGGUCUUUUUAUUGUUGCAUUAAUUAUCUGAAUUUUUCUUUCUUUAUGAAUUAUAUUACUGUUUUACUGACAAUAUAAAGUAAAUAUAAAAUUAAUACUUACAUAGAAUUAACAUUAAACUUCUAUUUCAAUUGUAAAUAGUACACUAUUUUGAUUUGCACAAGCAUAGAUGUCAAAUGCAUUGGAAUAGCUUCGAUUUAAUAUAUAAAUUUAUUAAAUUAAAACUGAACUGCUAAGAAACUUGGGUACAUCUAAAAGUAUUGAGAUGAUUUUUUUUUUUUUUUUUUUUUCAUUUUAGAAUCAUAAUUUGUUUUGUCUUCUGUUUCCUGGUCUUUAUUUUUUCCUAACAGUGCUUCCAGAAAUAUUCAUUUAAUAUUUUGAAUGACAUUUUUUUGGUCUUUGACAUUUACAGGGGUACUUUGUGGCUUAGGUAUCAGAACACUCUUUUCGUCUCAUUCUUGGAGAAGAGUAAAAAAUAUGUUGCGGUCAAUGACCGAUUUCUUACCGACAUAUUCUAUCUUGAUGCUUUACUUUAAAAUUGAAUUUUUGAGUCUGCAUUGAAAUAUCUAAAUACAUCUAAUGUUUAAUGCAAAUUUAAUUUGAAUCUUCUUUCUAAUGCUUCUUUUUUUCUGCAAUAUCUAAAAAUUCCCAAAUUAACAAAUAUAUAUGAAUGCACAUAGAGAAAAAAAGAAAAGUUGCUAACAACUAAUUGUAAUUGUAUAGAAUCUUGGAUAUGUAUAAAUUUCAUGUAACUGCUCCAAAAUUAGAUAUAACGUUGAUACCUUCUUAUCACCCUAAGUCAUUAUAAUGCAAUGACGAAUAUAAAUUUUUGUAAUUUUACUUGAAGUAUUAUGAGUCAUGUACUAAUUUUCAUCUUAUCAAAAUUUAAUUUAUGAUUAUAGGAUUCAGUCAUGCUUUUAACUUUUGUAUAUAUAAAAAGAUUUUUUAAAAAUCUUUGAUAAUUAAAUCGAUUUUUAAUUAUAGUUUAUUUCGGAAUGCACAUUGCAAAAUCUCCAAGACUUGCAUAUUAUUCACCAAGGUCAAUUGUAAAACCAAACAAACAAACAAAAAAGAUUGUUUUUUUGUAUGAAGAUGCAUAGAAAUAUUGAAAAAUAAGCUCUUACAUAUUUUAUUUUGAUACCUAGUUAAUUGUAACAUUUGAAUUUUGUAUAAUUAUGAUAUAUGAAACAAUUUUCAUUUUAAUUCUAUAUUGGUGAUAUAAUUAAGAUGAUGUAUUUUAAUAUUUAAUUUAUUCUGAAGU